AUGAAUUGCUGGAGAUCCUGGCUGCAUGCAGCGGCCGUGCUGCUGCUGAGCGCGACUGGAGUUAAAGUGGAACAUCUCCAAGCUGAAAAUCUUCAUCUUCUUUCCCCAAAUGAUCAGAACAAGGUCCUAAACAGGGAGAUGAAAGUUCUACCCAGAGACUGCUAUGAGAUGCUGAUGGCAUAUCCAGGCCAAGCCAGAGAUGGUGUGUACCUCAUCCAACCGCAUGACUCCCCAAUUGUGGCGUACUGUGCCAUGCAGGAGGGAGGAUGGACCGUGGUGCAGCACAUCACAGUCAACAGCAGCGUCAAUUUUGAUCGCACCUGGGAUGAGUACAAGAAUGGUUUUGGAGACAUCAAUGGGGACCACUGGCUGGGGAAUGAGCACCUCCAUCAGCUCACCCGUGGUCCCGCUCGUUAUAAACUGGGAGUAAAGCUUGUAGACCAGGAUGCCAUCACCAAGAUGGGGGAGUAUGACCCAUUUUUGGUGGAGGAUGAAUCAACAGCAUACAGGCUGAGGCUUGGGCUGUUCCAGGGCACUGCUAUAGACGCUCUGACCCUGGACACGGAGAAUUACCUUCACGACAACCAGAAAUUCACCACAAAAGACAGAGACAACGACAAUUACUUCCAAAACUGUGCCAAGCUGGAGUUUCAAGGCGUGGCAGGAGGGGGUUGGUGGUACGAUGCCUGCGCUGGUGCCAAUUUAAAUCGCAGGAAUGUGAUUUAUUGGCAAAAGGACUGCAACAAGGAGCGACUCUGCAAGUAUGCAUGGAUGAUGGUGAGACCUUCAGACACAGGUAAAGUUUACAGUGGAGACUGCAAGAAGGAUGAGCUAUGA